AAUUCACGUGUUAUUGUUGUGAUGUUGUUGUAGUCAUUAUAAUCACAAAAAAACCAAUUGAUUUGAUUGAAUCAAUUGAAACAAAACAAGAAAACAAUGUGACAAAUGAAGACAACAAUACUGUUGUCGAUGUCGUUGUUGACCAUCAGUUACUGGCCGUUGAAGAAGACAUGUCGCACACAUUAUCAACUGUUUACACAUUUGUUUGUCUUCAGCGUCGGCCUAAUGCUGGGACUGAUGUUCAACUGGCAGACAAUCGAGUCCAACGAAGAGUCAGCCGCCCGACGACUAGUGGCCGCCGCCAAACAACAACAACAAUUGGCCGACACAUCCGCUCUGAUUACCGACAAAUCAUUUCUGAUUGUUUGUAUCUUCAGUGCCGCCGCUAAUAGCGACCGACGUCUGGCCAUUCGUCAGUCAUGGAUGCGUCUGUCGGGUGAACGUCACUGUAAAUACUAUUUCAUUAUCGGUUCCCUUGACUUAGAUGAACAAGAAAUGCGUGAACUUCUUGACGAACAAAACCAAUUCAACGAUUUAAUACUAUUUCCUCAUCUGAAAGACACCUAUACUUCGCUAUCGCAUAAACUUUUACUAACAUUCAAAUGGUUUUCAAAGAAAUGGCAAUUCAAUUAUCUAAUGAAAUUAGACGACGAUUCGUUCGUACGAAUGGAUCAACUGUUUGAUGAAUUAGUUGAACGUAAAGUCAGUGGCGCCGUCGGCAGCAGCGGUAAUAAAGACAUUCAUCCAUAUCGGCCCAUAUAUUGGGGUUAUUUUGAUGGCCGAGCUUUUGUCAAGCGUACGGGUCAGUGGUCAGAGACGCAGUGGUCACUGUGCGACAGAUAUCUGCCGUACGCAUUGGGCGGCGGUUAUAUAGUAUCGGAACCGUUGGUCAGAUUUGUUGCCGAAAAUUCACAUCUAUUGCAACUGUAUCGCAACGAAGACGUAUCGCUGGGCGUAUGGCUAUCGCCGUUGAAUAUUAAUCGCUUACACGACCGCCGAUUUGAUACCGAAUAUCAAUCCCGCGGUUGUCUGAACGCACAUCUGGUCAUUCAUAAACAAUCGGCUAAUCAAAUGAAGUUAUUGUACAAUAAUUUACAAUCAAUUGGGCGAUUGUGUGUCAAAGAAACCGAACAUCGAUUAUCCUAUGAAUACAAUUGGAUGGUCGGACCGACUCAUUGUUGUCAUCGAAAUCUAUCGUUUCUUAAUCACAACAACAACGACAUCAACAACAAGAAAAUAAAGUCAAUUAAAUAAUUUUUUUAGAAAAAAAUAGUAAUAAUUAAUUAUAACU